UUCAGGCCAUAACACCACAAGGUGGUGCACUGAGUCCACCUUUAUUCUCAAAUGUGAUUGCCUGUAUUAAACUUUGGGGACGAGCGGAAUACAAUGAUGCAUUUGAUGCAGCGCUUCGGUUGGCAUGGAAACGGGCUGCUCAUCAGACAACGUCCGGGCUGCCAACCGCUGCAAGCUUCCCAGUUAAGUCGAGGAGAUAUUCGACCCUAAUUUCAUCUGCGGUCGACAUGCAGGAUAACAAGAAUGGGAUGCUGCUGUUCCCACCACCCAUCAGCAGAGACAGGGCCAUCUGGGAAUUCCCAAAGUGCUACAGUCCCGAGGCCUCUCUGCAGCUGAAGACAGACUGGGACAUUCAGGCCAAAGCAGCCUGUAAAGACAGAGCUGCCAGGCAUCAGCCGUGGGACCGACAGAAGAUGUCAAAAGUGGUGGUUGUUGGAGACCUCAAUGUGGGGAAGACCUGCCUCAUUAAUAGGUUUUGUAAAGAUGUGUUUGAAAGAGACUACAAGGCCACCAUAGGAGUAGACUUUGAGAUUGAGAGGUUUGAAAUAUCCGGAGUACCUUUCUCCCUUCAGAUCUGGGACACUGCUGGGCAGGAAAAGUUCAAGUGCAUUGCGUCUGCGUACUACAGAGGUGCUCAGGUCAUUAUCACAGUCUUUGACAUGGCAGACAUUAAAUCGCUGGAUCACACACGCCAGUGGUUGCAGGAUGCCAUGAGAGAAAACGAGCCUGAGUCCUGCUUCAUCUUCUUGGUUGGGACUAAGACUGACCUGCUGCCCUCAGAAGAAAGACAGAAGACAGAAAAAGACGCCAUUAGAAUAGCAACAGAAAUGCAUGCAGAGUUUUGGGCUGUUUCAGCUAAAACAGGGCAGAACGUGCAGGCGUUUUUCUUCAGGGUGGCAGCUUUGGCCUUUGAGAAGUGCAUACUGAAGGACAUGGAGAAUGGGGUCCCUGUUAGCAUCGGACGAGGAGAUAGCAUCAAUUCAGAUCACGCCAAACUGGACCAGGCCACGUCCCAAGAUAUGAAGAGAAGCUGCUGCUGAUGAAAAGAAGAAGUGAGAGCUGUUAAAGAGAAGCAGAAGCAGGAGGAAGCUGUGCUCCGAGCUGCAGCUGCAGAAGUCAGAAUGACAGACCAUGUUACACCGGGCUGACGUGUGCCUUAGGACAUGCUCCGUUACGUUUUCUUAUUGCAUCGUAACAGCCGUGUGUUCUGAUGUUCGCAGGUGGUUCGGUCAACUGUUAUUGGUCUGACCACUUUCUGUCCAAAAAGUAUUCAGCUCAACGAAAUGUUUAAACCGUCAGAAACCCGGUAUAAAAUCAUACUGUGGUACACACUGACAUUUGAGUCUGAUCAGCACAUCUCUUUACAACCACUUUGGUUUAUGGUCUUCUCAUGUAGUAUUGGUCAGUUCAGUGAAAUACAUCAUUAUAGAAGUGGACAGUAGUGCCUAGACCAUGUUGCAUUUGGGACAUAAGACCAACAUCGUCCCUUGUGAAAUCCUUAUAUGGACAUUUAAGAUGUUCUUUACUGCUGUAAUAGUGUUUCUUUCUUCUCACAGUAUUGUUGUGGCAUAUUAUCUCACCCAUCCUGAUGGGCUGUACAUUGAUAAAGGUUUCAUCAGAGUUUAGAGACUGGAAUUAGGAACAGGUAAACUAAAUGUUUAUGUUUAACUCCAAUAAUAAAAGUGUAAAUGACUCUGCUAUUAACUCAACAUAUAUAAUAGACACAUUACAAUGCAAAUUCUUGACGUAAUACCUUGAUAUAAUGGACCAGUAGCUGUGCAUU